AUGGACUUGAACAAAUUUUACGAAACAUGGCACGAAGAACUCCACCACCACAUCCACCACCUUACCAACUCCCCCCGUCCACCCACCACCCCCGAUCACCACCACCAACUCACCCAACUCCUUAACCAACUCCUCCUCCACUUCUCCCAGUACUACCGAGUCACCUCACUCGCCGCCACCCAAAACACCCUCUUCUACCCACGGUGGUCCACCACCCUCGAACGCUCCCUCCACUGGCUCACCGGCUGGCGCCCCACCACCCUCUUUCACCUCCUCUACACCGAGUCCGGCAUCCUAUUCGAGUCCCGCUUGUUCGACAUCAUCCACGGUGUACAAACCGGCGAUUUGGGUGACCUUACGGCGCCCCAGUUGACCCGACUCAGUGAGUUACAAUGCGAGACGGUUAAGCUAGAGAACGCCAUCUCCGAUGAGAUGUCAGAGUGGCAGGAUGAUACCGUUGGUGUCAUGGGAAGGACAAGUGUAGACGUUGAUAUUAUCGGGCAGCUGGUGAAGAUUGUGGACAAGGCUAAUGACCUACGGUUGCGAACGUUGGCAAAGGUGGUGGAGGUGCUUACACCACAGCAGGCGGUGGAUUUGAUGAUCGCGGCAGCGCGGUUGCAGCUUGGGAUUUGUAGAUUGGGUUUAAAACAUGACCGUGAACGUAUAGAGCCUUCAAAACAGAACCAAAAAGCAUGUUGA